GUUCUGUGAGCUGGGCAACCAAAACACAAAUACAAAAACAAAAUACAACAAUACAACCACAACCACCAGCAGUCUCUGCAAGUCAGCAAACACCAACAUUGUUUUUCUUAUUGCCAACGGAAUAUUUAAAUUAAAAUGCUCAAAAUUAGAGCUUUAAAUAGGGAUUCAUUAUCUGAUGAGGAUGCUCCUGUUCUCCGGAAGGAACUUCAGGAAGAAAUAGCAUUAGAAAUAUAUAAUAAUGCUUUACGUUUGGAAGGAACCAGAGAAUUUGAAAAAUCCAAGGAACUACUAUUUAAAUUAAUAGAAAAUAACAUUCCACAACUAGAGAAUCAAGGUGGUCUCCCGAAGUCUAUGUGUACAUUAAAGUUUGCUUGCUAUCUGAAUCUCGGACAUAUUUUUCAUGAGGAGAAAAAUAAUGUUAAGGCAUUGGAGUAUUAUUCUAUUGCUUCUGAAUUAGAUCAGGGAGAUAUUACUCUUUGGUACAAAAUAGGAAAACUAUCUAUAGAGGAACAUAGAUUCAAACAAUCAAUUUAUGCAUUCUCUAAGGGUUUAGAUUGUUAUGAUUCACAUUGGCCAUGUUUAGAUGCAAUAAUACCCUUAUUAUUUGCUGUUAAAGAUACAGUUAACUGCCUUUUUUACAUUGGAAAAGCUUUGGAACUGGAUCCAGAAUAUAUGAAAGGAUUAGUAUUGAGGAAGAGAAUCUAUCAAGAUAAUCCUGCAACAAGAGAAUAUUAUCAAGCAUUAAAUCCUGAUUAUAAGUGGGAGCCACCUUUAGAUGUGGAAAUAAAUGAGGGAGAUGAAGAAAAAUAUUUGAACGAGGUACAGACAAUCGCAGAUAUAAUCAAUGAAGCAGAAAAAAAUUUGGAACCAAAACCUUUAAGAACUAUACCUCUUCCUGAAGCAUUAGAAAAUUAUUCAUGGUUAGCUUUAUCCAAAUGUAUCACCGUCCUGUAUGAGUAUCUUCAUUCAAAUGAAAUGAGCUUCUUAACUUUUGUGGAUCUUGAUAAAUGCAUGAGUCAAACAGGUAGUACUCAAAUAUCCCAUAAAAAAGAAGAAAAUGAAAAAGAAACAGUGACUCCCAUUGAAAAUAUCAUGGAGAUUGAAAAUAAUAAUACUUUGGAAGGAAAAAUAGAUAUUGACCCAGAAUUUAAAAGGAGGCCUUCUCAAAACAGUGAAGAAAAUGGUACUCCAAUACAAACCGACAAUGAUGAAGAACAACAGAUGGAACAAGAUAAUGAGGAUCAAGAAGAACGGAAUGACAAGUCAAAAACAAAAAGUUAUAAGAGAAAAAGAGAUUUGCUCUCAGAUUUGAGAGUCUGGGGAUGGCACAGCAAGAGGAAAAAUGUUAGGAAAACAAGACCUGAUAAAUUUUACACAGUGGAAGAUUGUUUAAAUCAAAUAUUACCAACUGAUUUAUUAAGAAAUAAAAUAGUUGAUACAUAUCUGCAAGAUGAAUCCAUGAAUGCUGCUGAUAGCAAAUAUGACUUCCUUGAGGAUAAGCAUACUGAUACGAAUUUACUUCAAGAUGCUGCUCUUACAAACGAAACGUACUUUGGAACAAAUAAGGAAAAAGAGGAUAUACUCAAGCUUUGGAAUAAAGUAAAGGAAGAUUGUGAUAUAACCAUCCUAGUAAAAGAAUACGUGAUUGAAUUAUCAAAACUAUGGAAUAUAAAAUGGCCAGAAACACUGAUUACCCAUUAUAUAUUCAUUCAUGAGAAAUAUAGUCAGUUUUAUCAACUAUCUAAUAUUUAUGAUGCAGAAAACAAAUUUGAUGAUAUCAAGAAGGAAGCAUUGUCAAAUCUUCUUUAUGCUGAACUUGUUUUAUUUAGGGGCACGCGAAAUGAAGAAAAUGAAAGGUUCUUACAUAUUGGACAAAUUCAGUUUGUUGAGGCUGCAGUGGCACUUUGGGAAAAAAAUUGGGAGGAUGAAGAUUAUAUAUCAAUAUUUUUGAGAAUUAUUUGGUUAAGAGCAUAUGUUUCACGCAAAGAGAAGAAUUAUGAUACGGCUGUUAGAUACUUAGAAUUGAUGAUGGAGAAAAUAUCAGAAGAAGAAAAUAAAAAUGGGGAAAAAUUUUCCCUAUUCCUUCCAAAUUCAAGUAAAUGUGGUAAUAUAACAAGUGAUGGAGUUGAAAAAAUUUUGAAACACUUGCAUAUGAUCAAAUCUGUGUCAUGUUUGGAAGAACUUUUCGAUCAAGCAAAAUAUAACGAAGUGGCUGAAAUUGUGGUGUCAACAUUUGAAUCAGAUUCUGGCUACCCAACUGUGGGAAAAAUUGGUCGCCCCACCCAAUUGGGAAUGCUCCUUCAUUCCUUCUGGUUUACAGAUUUUGAUAAAUGUUUUCUUUGGUGUGAAGAAUGUUUGUUUGAGUCUUAUCCACACUACACUAAGCCUGGUCCAAAUAGGCCACAGUGGGAAGCCAUUGUUGAGAAAUGUCUACUUAUGAUGCUUGAAAUCAUAAAGAAUAAAUCGAGGAAUAUUGUUGAUGUUUUGCCUGAUGAUAAGAAGGCUAGAUUAACAGAAACCUUAGCAAGAAUUAUCUGCAAGCAAAUAUACACUGAAAAUAGUGUGAAAAUUCCUUUAAACACUGUAGCACCCUGGCUAAUACUUCAUCAUUUACUUGUCAAAUAUGAACAAAAAAACAAACCUGAAGAAGAGUUUGUAGAAAAUGCAGUGCCUGCCUCACUCUCAAUUUUAUUCUCAGCCCAUGAGUUCUUAGGUCCAAAAAGUUGGUGCUUAACCAGCCAUGGUGAAUUGUUACAUUACAUAUUGGAUAUCUUGCUGGAUAGAGAAGAUGCCUACAAAUACGAGAAAUUGAGAGAAAAACUUGAUAUUCAAAUUGAGCAAGCUUUGUUCUGUUUAUAUCAACAUCCCAGCAAGAAAAAUAAAAUAUCCCGACAUUUGGCGGAUCACAAUGUGGACCCACUACCCCUAACUUGGGAAAAAUCAUUUCAACUAUAUGAAUUUUAUGCUCCUGAAGUUUUACCUGAAUUUAAUUCUUUCAAAAAUGCUUCAAUAACUGUGGACUUGGAACAGCUACUACUGAGAAUAACCGCAUUAGUAACACCUGAAUGCAAUCCGUCUAUUUCAGUCCCAAAAAUAAAUGAGUAUCUACGAGGUCACUCGAAUGAAAUUCCAGACCCUAUAGAAUUUCCUUACAGAAUCCAGGCAAUUUAUUAUCUAUUAGGGGAUUAUUAUUUCAAAUUGAAGGAUUUUGUGAGAUGCGUGGACUUUUUCUUGAUGGAUCUUGCAAUAAAUCCAAAAAGAGUCGACUCCUGGGCUUGUUUAGCUUUGAGUUAUCUAAAUCAGUUGGAAAUUAAAUUAAAUUUCUGCAAGAAAAUGAAGAGUGAAGAGGAAUUUUUAGAGAUAGCCAAGUAUGCCCAAGUGGCUUUCACAACUGCUUUAAACUUGUCCCCUGAAAAUAUCACAUUGUGGAUUGAAUUUGCUAGUUUUGAAUAUAUGGCUCAUUCAUUCUGCUCCAGGUAUUUGGGGCAUGAAUCCGAAAAUAUGAGUAUGGAAAAGUUUACUCAUCUGGAAGAUAGGAAAAACGCUUUUCUUGAGAGUUCAAGACAAAGUUUUGAAAAAGCUAUUGCCCUUUACGAUACAGAAGGUAGCGAACCUGAUGAAAGAUGGCUUCACUAUUAUAUUCUUGGCAAAAUUGCAGAAAAAAAACAAUCAGAACCAAAUGAAUAUCUGGGAUAUUAUAUAACGGCAAGCCAGUUGCUGCAUGAAAAUAACGCGACUUAUCCAGAAAAGAUAGCAUAUAAUUCCCCACAACAUUUGUCAGUAGAAGCUCUUGAAUUACAUUAUAGAAUGAAUGCAUCAAUUCUAAAAUAUUUAGAAUUGCAUGAAGGAAAAGAAAUCACUCAUUCUAUUGGUGCUUUGUUUAAGAAAAGUCUUGAUGCAUUGCCAAUAAAUCGUAAAUUAGUUGCUCAAAAAGCUCAGAAAAAAAUCAGAAAAUCAAUUGAGAGUAACAACAGACUGAAGAAAUUAGAAGAAAGUGAAAAUAAAGGGGAAGAAAAAGAAGUUACAUCUACAAAAACAAGUGUGGAUGAAUGUAUUGAGAAAGACGCUGAAAAGGAAAACUUGGAUAAUUUGCAAAGUAUCAAUCUAUCGGUAGAUAAGAAAAAUUCAGAUAUUGAAGAAAGUGUUGGCAUCAAAAGGAAGAGAGAUGAUAAUGAUGAAGAAGAAUUAGAUGCGAAUCCACCGAAUCCCCCAACACCUCAAUUAAAAGAAAUGGCUGAAACUUCAGAACAGAAUGAAGAGAAAAAAGAGGAAAAGGAAGUGAGAGUAGUAGAUGAAGUCAUUCUCUUGGACUCUGAGUAUGAUGUCAUUUUGAUUCUCAGUUCCGAUGAUGAAGAAGGCAAUAAUACUAAACGUGAUAAAAAUGAGGGCGAUGCAAAGUUGGAAGAUUCGAAAGACGCCAAGAUAUCUCAGGUCAAAUCAGAUGGUGAGACUGAUAAACUUUUAAACACUGAAGGGUCAUCUGUAGACAAAAAUUCUACUGGGAGUAAGCAAACCUCUGAGCCCUUAAAAACAAAUAAAGAAGAUGUUGGCAAUACUGAAACAAAGAAUUCUUCAAUGCAGAUUCAGAAUGAUGAAAGUACAAUAAUAAAUACAACGCCUCAUAACAUUUCAGAUCAAAUUGCUAGUGGAAUGGAUGUUCAACUGAUUCUGGAUAAAAUGAUGCAGGAAACUAUGGAGAUAACAGCACAACAACCAAUGGAAAUUGAUUCCGACACAACGGGCCAAGAUAAAAGCUUAGAAACCCUUGAUUCAAUUAAAUUACAAGAACAGAAUAAGGAACUUGAAAAUAAUAAACUUUGCAUUGUCAAGGAAGAAGAUGCUGAAGAAAAUAAAAAAUCUACUGAAGAAUCUAGUUCAUCAGGGAGUAGCAGUAGUUCAUCUGACUCAUCGUCUACAUCAGAUUCUGAUAGUGACGAUGAUGAUACAAGUUCAACUACUUCAUCUUCAUCCUCUGAUGAGUCUUCUGGUGAAAAUUUAUCCAAAAAUGACAUCACCCACCUUGUGGAUCGGUGCAUAAAGGGCUUGGAAUUAUGUAUAAUUCGUUUGCCAAAGAAUUAUAAAGCUGUGUAUCGGCUUGUUCAUUUAUUUUUUCAUUAUAAGGAGAAGAAAGAUUUGAACAAAUGCAAACAACUGUUACUUGGAGAAUAUAAGUGUUAUGAAAAUAGCGCCAUUAUUGGAUUAUUUUCUGAUAGGAAAAAUAAUAAUUUUUUCAAUGGAAUUUGGAGAAUACCAUCCAGUGAAAUAGACAGGCCAGGUUCUUUGUCUGCUCAUAUGAUCAGAUGCGUUACAAUACUGCUGCAAAUAUUGAGAACUACUGGCGAUUUUAAAAUCCUCCUGGAUAUGCAUUUUCAAUUGAAAAAAAAUCCGGAUCCUGAUAAAAUUUACAUCAAAGAUGUUGAAAGGCUGCAAUUUUCUGAGCAAGCGAUUUCCUUAAGUAUUCAAAUCUUACGUGAGAGUAUCCAAAAUGCAGAAAAACAGAAUACCACAACUAUCAAGAAAUUACUACAAGAUAUCUAUAAAAUAUACUUGAGGAUACAAAAAUAUGCCCCAGAGAAAGAAAUGAUGUUUGGAAAUAUGUUGGUUGAUCUUUACAAAAUGUUCAUCAAAGAGAAAAUUCCUGAUAGCGUAAAUGUGUUGGAGUUGGUUACGAAAUUCUGUCAACAGAUGAAAAUCACCGAGAAACAACAAAAUUUGCUGACCUCACAAAAUAUGGCACUUCAAAAUCCCCAUUCAGUAAUGGGUCCUGUUUUACCAAGUCCUUCUAAUGUGAAUCCAAGCAGUUCAUCUUUGAAACGUCCCUCUGGAAUCGGCCGACCUAGAGGACGUCCCCCUCUGCCGAAAGUUCCCAAUCAAAUGAAACCACCAAGAAAUAAAACACCAUCUUGGAAAAAAUUGGGAGAAGAACUUCCAAACUCUCAAGAUUAUUUAUUACAUUACAAGGAAGAACUGAUGAAACAAUACAGUCAAAACUUGAGCUUCUUACAAAAUGCUCAGUUUGCUCAGUUGUACUCCAAUUCCUUCCUGGCAAGCUACAUGCAAACACAACAGACCAAUAUGCUGAGUACGAAUUUUUUGCAGCAACUUUCAUCCUUAGGUAUGACAGCAGGAUCAUCAUUGGAUCCCUUACGAAUGAAUUUAUCUCAAAAGCAAACUGAAGAAAUGGUAGAAAUGCUAAAAAACAUGUCAAACUUAUACAAGAACCAACUCAACCCAAAAAAAAGUAGGUCAUCAAAUAGCUCAACUGACUCUCCAAUUGCAACAACGAGCAAGCAAGUGGAUCCUUUUAUUUCAGCUUCUAAGAAAAGUGAACAAUCAGUAAAAAAACUGAAAUUCUCUAUGGACCAGACAGAUUUGAUUUUAUCCAAUCAAUCAAGUAGGGUAGAAUCGCCUUCAAAGAAACUGAAAUGCCAGCCUCAAGUAGAUUCAAACAGAAAAACUGAUAUGAGUCAAUUGAAAAAAACAGACACUGCACCUUCAAUAAGUAUUGUACCGGUUACAAAAGAAAAAAACAUCAGUGGGUCUUGUGUUUCUAGUAUUUCUAUAAUACCUAAGGGUGAUCCACAAUCGAAAGCAGAGAGUGGAGAAAUCAUCAAAACUUCAAUAUGCAGUAAUGCUAUGAACUUGGAACAACAGAAAAUGACAAUAACACCAUCAGUAUCAAUAGAAACUGCCGUGAAGAAAGCAGUCUUGGAAAACUCAAAACCUCAGUCUCCUUUGAAUAUCAUGCCUCCUCCUAGUCCAUUGAUGCAUUCAUCGAUUUCAAAUUUUGAUAAUGAUGGUUCAAUUUCCAAACAACCAUCUCCUCGAAAAUCAUCUCCAAUUGGAAUGAAAGAAUCCAGUCAGAUCUGUAAAUUGAAAAACAUCGAAGCUACCAUAAGUAAAGUUCCCCAUGUGGAGUCCUUCAAGAAACUUGGAAAAGAUAGAAUAGCAUCGCCGAGCAAUACGCAGAUGCCUAAUUUCGCCCAUGAAGCGGGAUUGCUUAAAUUUCCUCCCAGUUUGAGUAUGACACCUAUUAACACACAUCUAAAUCCUGCGUCUGAAUUUCAGCAAUCUAUUUCGCUUCACAAGACGCCAUCGAUCCGCACAACAGAGACAUACCUACCUAAGCUUCCAUCCAGUAUAACCUUGACGCCAUCCCAACCGAAAUCGACGUCUGCCAGUAAAAACACUUGCUUAGAAAUACAUAAAAAAGCUUACGAAACUCCCGUUGCUACAAAAGAUCUGCAAAAGCAUGUUAAUUCGUCUACUUGCUCCAAGUCUGCAUAUUCCAAUAAACAGAUUUCCAACAUACCAAAUAUAAUCGAUUUACAAGUAACCAAAUCGUAUUCAGCCGACCAUUCGAAAUCGAAAGGUACGUCUCAAGUGAAAAAGGCCGACCCUGGCGCAUUGGCGCUUCCCUUCAAUGUGGAUUCAAUGCUUCAGCCUUCUUUAAAAACAAAGCCAACUUCUUCUCCUCUGUCGUACGGUUUUCCGCAACAUUUGACUUCGCACGUGGCGCAUACUAGCGUUAUUACGAGUACCAGUAUGUCUGGAUCGACCUUGGAUUGCAAUAUUUCUUCUCUAUUCACACAACCAAACCCGAUGCCAAUCGACAACAGGUGUCUUCUAAAGUCUUCUCAAAGUUUUUCUAAAAAAUCCAGUACCAUUACAAGGACAACCACACCAGAUUCAUACAAGGUUGAUGACCAACGCUCUUACGACAAACUGAGCAGCAUAUAUACAUCGACAAGACAAGACAUGACCAUCUCAAAAACCCCAAAAGGAUCUACGUCUGUUAUAACUUCAAUCAAUAAGGCAUCUACACCAUUGACUUACGUUUCCCCACAAAUAAGUCCAGGGAAAACGCUGCAGGAAAAAUUGGCAGAUAAGAAGAGGGAACAAGCUAGUAAACAUCUUUUUGAACAAAUGGGACAUAAAAAACCGGUUAUAACGCAAACCAACAAAGCAGAAUUCAAUAAUCCACAUUCGGUUUCAAAAAUUUUGUCAAGAUCUACCACUUCUGAACCAUCUGCUUCUAAGAUUGUUCAUUCAAAUACUCAUUCUAUUUUACCUUCCAAUCAUCCCACACAUGGUUAUUCCAGAAGUUCUGAAAAGACCUCAUCGCCUAGAAGAAAAUCAUCAUCUGAUGAAUCUGUGAUAUUCUUGGACUAGAACAUAUUGUAUACCUACUGUAUUACAGUCAGACACAUCAUGAUAAAACUUAUUAUUAACUCAAUAUAAUUUACCAAUUAA